AUGAAGGCGAUGAAGGCAAAGGCAAGAGCCAUGACGCCGAUGGCGGCGAUGAAGAGGCCGGCUAAAGCGGCGAUGAAGGCCGCGAAGGCUAAGAAGAGGAUCAGCAAGGUUGGCACGAAGGCCCAGGUGCUCGCGGGCAAAAGGGAGAAGACUAAGUGGGGUCUGCGGAAGGAGCACCUCGUGAAGAGCAAGAAGGGCAAAACCGUGACCAAAAGGAAGAGCGCCGUUGGCAAGAAGGCGUUCGAUCAGAACCUUGCAAAAUGGAUCCUUUCGUUCAGGAGGGCGCGAGCGGAGCUAGGCCUUACUGGAUUCGUGCUUGUUAAGAAGGGGACGGCCUUGUAUAAUAAGACCAAGGAGUACUACAACAUUGCCGCUGGAUCAUAG